UCCCCGUCGCCGGCUGCGGGAGUGGCGGAGACGGAGGCGGCUUCCACUACCCCUGUUCUGGAUGGAGAGUCAAGUUCGCCACCUCCGGCAGGACACCCCCUGGCCACCGAGGCGCGAGGGCAUCGGCGGCAAGACCCCCAGGGUCGCCGCCGCUGCCGUCGCGUGUUCGCCGCAAAAAUCAUGGGGUGGUUACCGCCAUUCCCAGUCGCCGCAACCGAGCAUUACGCUACGGCGACGAUCUGCGUGAAAACAACCUGAAACGAGGGAGCGAUGCUGCGAGCGAGCACACGAUGCAGAGCUGAACAGCUAGGACAUGGCAUCAGGUGAUGGAACGCGGCUUGCUUGGGAACCUGCAAAGUCAACUAGAUGCGAGUUUGCUACCCAUAAUGCAGACAUGACAGCUUCGUAAUCGAUGAGGUUCUUGGGUGGCUUCGGUUGCAGCGCAUCAGCACUUGAUCACACAUGAGGAUGAUUCUUGCUGUCUGCUGGUUCAACCCACCAAUUGCCUCCACCUCCUUCGCUAUAUAAAGAAGGAAACUGAAGCCUGGAAGACACAAUCGCAAUUUGCAGCAGCUUGCCUUCUCCUCCAUUUGCAGCUUGUUUCCCCAUACAAGCAUGGCUUACCACCAGAGAUCCACAAGCGUACCCUCGAGCCCUUGCUCCAACAAAGUCAGCAUUGAGGAACAGCUUCAGGGCCUCAAGUCAAUCGUCUGCUCACCUUCAGCGACCAUCGAAACCAUGGUUGAUUGUCUCAGCAAGAUUGGGAGCAUCUACAACCGCAUCAACGAGGUUACAUGCUUGCCUAGCAGCCAGAGGAAUGCAGUGGAGGAGGAGCUCGACCGCUCUCUCGUCCUGCUUGACCUCUGCAACGCAAUGCAAGAGAGCUUUGCGGAACUCAAGACCAGUGCCCAGGAGAUGCAGUCGGCUCUUAAAAGGGGAGACGAUGCGUCCGUUCAGAUCAAGGUCCAAUCUUACGCCCGCUCUGCCAAGAAGGCACAGAAGCAGUGCAAGAAGAUCAGCAACAAUGCUUCUUCUGACAAGGAAGGAUACAGGGUGAUCAAGCUGAUUGCUGAAGCAAGAGAAAUUGUCAUGGCAAUGCUUGAAUCGACAUUGAACCUCCUGUCGAAGCAACUUGUGAUGCCAAGUUCUAGCAAGUGGUCACUCGUCUCCAAGGCCUUCCAAAAGAAGACAGUUGUGUGCGAGGAGCAAUUGCAGGAGUUGGAGUUGGACAUUGUUGAUCUUGAGAGCGGAGUUGGGACUUUGUUCAGGACAUUGAUCCAGAGCAGAGUUUCUCUUCUGAAUGCUCUUAGCCUGUAGACAGAUCAUACAACUCUAACCCCCUGCGAUUAGCAUCCGCCUUUUAGAGGAUCUGCUGAUCAGCAAACAAUUUUGUUGUGUACAUAUAUAUGUGACACGAAGUGUAGAGAAAAUGAUUGAAUUGAGAGGCAAAGAUUUUGGUCCA